AUGGAGAGAGUGUGUGCUGCAGCUUGCACGGCUUUCUCCUUGGCCUAUUCUGGGUACUUUCUCACCCAGCUGGCACGUCACAUCACCCGUGCCUGGAGAGAAUCCGCUCCUUGGAGCCCAGAACCGACCUCUGAGACUCCUCUGGCUGCGUGUCUUCCUGAGGAAGAGGCCAAAGGGGAGGAAGAUUCCCACCAAAGUGCACCUGCUGCCACUGCAGAGCCUGAGCAUCCAGAAUCAGGCACAAGCGCAGUGUCAGCACCUGCUCUGGCUGCCUCUGCACCUGAGGAAGAGGCUGGAGAGGAGGAAGGUGCCAAUGAGCCUGCCCCUGAUGUCAGCCCACAGCCUGAGCAGCCAGCAUCAAGCUCCAGCUCCUCUGUCGUGGCACCUGCAUGGGCUGCAGCUGAAAGCUCUGAAGAAGCCUUCAGUGCCCAAACUGGAAACUCAAGCAGGAGCAGCUCGUGCACCUGGAGCACGACGAGUUCCUCUGGCAGCAGAGAGCAGCUGGGGGAGAGCACGGAGGACAAGUGCCUGGCCAUGCUGAAGAUGCUGGUGAGCGAGGGAGAUCCUGAGGCUAAAUACAUAGAACUGGAAACAAUUGGCAGAGGGGGUUUUGGCACGGUGUGCAUGGCAGUGGAGACUGCCACAGGAGAAGAGGUGGCCAUAAAGAAAAUUAGUCUCCUGGAAGAGAGCAACAGGGAGGUGUGCCUGAAUGAAAUCCAGGUCAUGCGUGGCAAUAGGGAUGCCAAUCUUGUGAGCUUUAUAGACAGCUACCUGGUGGACGAGGAACUUUGGCUCGUGAUGGAAUACAUGGACGGAGGUUCCUUACACGAUAUCAUUAUGGAGACUUGUAUGGCAGAAGGAGAGGUAGCAGUUGUCUCUCGGGAGUGCCUGCAAGGCCUGGAUUUCCUUCACUCCAAGCAAGUGAUCCACCGAGACAUCAAAAGCCACAACAUUCUCCUGGGCUUGGACGGCUCUGUCAAGUUGGCUGAUUUUGGCCUUGCUGUUCAGCUCACCACUGAGCAGAGCAAACCGAGAUCAGUUGUUGGGACUUCUCACUGGAUGGCGCCAGAAAUUGUCACCAGGAAACCUUACGGCCCCAAAGUAGACAUCUGGUCCUUUGGUAUUGUGGGGAUCGAGAUGGUGGAAGGAGCGCCUCCUUACCUGCAGAACACCUCCCACACGGUUCAGCAGCUGAUAAGCACCAGGGGCACCCCGAAGCUGCAGGAGCCCAGGCAACAGUCGGCUUGGCUGCGAGACUUUCUGCAGUGCUGCCUGGAGACGGACGAGGACAGGCGCUGGUCUGCCCAGGAACUUCUGCAGGUAAAAGGCAAAGCGGCUGCCAGGGGCUCCUCGUCUGCUCCAACGCAGCAGAUGGGCCCUGCUCCUGAGAAUCUCCAGUCUGGGGGCUUUUCAAAGGAAAACAGAGGAGAAUCCUGGCCAGGCAUGGGUUGGGAGGAGCCUUUCGAGGUCACCUAG